AUGGAUGACGACAUUCAACGAUUCUACAUGGCCUGGAAUGGCAAGAACAGUGCAAUCACGCCACGCCAACUCUUCACUGAGGUCUACAGCCGCAUCCAAGCGAUGCACGGUUCUGCGUGCGACAUGAAUGACGUCGCUGUCUUCUCGCUGGAGUACCCCCGCUUUGCCUACAAGUACGGUGAUCGCGAUUUGGCCUUAAACAGUUACAACAACAUUGCCUCACUUUUUCGCUAUGAUCUUUUGCCACCCGAGUGCGUCUACCGCUUCCGCAUCCGCGAGGACUACGACUACACCUUGCAGCUUAUAAGUCACGGACUGAAGACGGCGCGGUUCCGUAACCUUUCCUUUGAGGUGCCUGGAAUGGCAGAGAUGCCGGGAGGUAUGACGGAUUACUACAAGACUCAGAAGGAUGAUAUUAGACGCCAGAACAAGGUGUUCGUCGAGAUGUGGCCGGCUGUGGCACAGGAAUGCGUAAAGGGGAAGGGGGGUUUACAGCGGGAAGACAUACGCGUCCGGUGGGACCUUCUUCACCCAAGAAAGAACCCCAACCCCGGCGCCACCUUGCAGUGCCGCACGCCGCUAAAGACAAGGGCGCACAAACCCCGCUCCCACAGCAUCAAUGGGACAGUUUCAAAGACGAACGAAGGCUGCGUGAAUACCUCAGGCGACGCGAAGAAAGUUAAGUUGAAGGCUAAGAGAAAUCGAUCGUCAGAUGCAGCGCAGGAAGCGAAGACGCCGAAGGAGGAGGAGCAUGAUCUUCAAAUGACGUUAAGGGCGACCGCGACUUUGCAUGGAGAAGCUUGUGCGAAGAAGAAGGCGUCCAAGGUGGAAAUCAGGAGCCCACCUGAGUGGAAGGGCUACGUCCUCGAACGAUGGAGAUGUCUUACCGUCCACGAGGCUUUGGGGCUCCAUCUACGUGUCAUCCCCUCAGAGCGAUUGCGUCUUGGGCAAACCGUUGCCGUCGUCCCGCCCCUGUUUGAGCAGACCCCUUCCGUUGUGCAGGCUGUACUCGUCGACAAGAGCAUUGUGCGGAGGCGCCGAGGCGGCAAGGCGGAGGGGGUGGGCACCAUGGAGACCGAGAAGGGGGCGGAGGCGGACACCGUUGUUGAGUGGAGUGCGGUGGCGCGUGGACUACCUCUCCUCUCUGUCAGACGUUGCUACGAAGUGCCUGUGGUGGGUGUUGACGUCGCCGCUGCCGCUGUGGAUGCCUUCUUUGAGAGGGAGUGGGACAAGGAAAAAGAAGCUGCGGGGUAG